UAAUAAACUUACAAAAAUAUAGUUAUGAAUAUUCCAUUCCUUUUCUUCCAGUAGAUGCAGCUAAAUCCAUUACAGUGGAGUUUUAAAGGACUAAACUGUGCAAAUUAAUACAAAAAUGUAGGUUUCUGACAGCCAGAUCCUGUGAACAUGAUUUAAAAAGGAAAUGAGGGAUGAAAAUGUCACAACACACAGGCAAAGAAUCAAACACCUUAUUCAUAUCUUCCAAAGUUAAGUCAGCCAGUUCACUGUUAUUGUCUUCAUUGUUUUCCCUGGUGCAUACGUGUGAAUACACACUUCCUGUUUGACAUGUUUUACCAGGUGUGUCACAGCGUGAGCACCAAGUGAUACAACCUAUUCUGGUUUCAUUUUUUGUGAUCGUGUGUCUGCGUAUACAGGUGUGGGCUGGCUGGCACUGACUUGCGCAGGUAUGAAGAGAAAUCCAGCACAGUCCUGAGAGAGGAGAGGAACUGCAGCACUUCUGUGACAGGAACUUCAAUUUCUCAGACAAACAAGGGGGGAAAGUCACAUACAGAAACACCUGUACAAGGGACAGUGAAAGAGGAACUGUGAGAACAAGAAGAGGCAGUUUUGUGAGGACAGACAGAACGGAGGACGCUUCAGAAUGUGAAAUAACCUGGAGGAGAUUCUUUUACUGCGGUUCGACCAAUGGGUCUGGGAUUCCAAUGUGGCAUUUCAGGCUCUGGGAUGUACAAGAUGUUGCUGUGUUUCUCAGCAUCACAUUAUAUAUGUGUCACCUAGCUGGAGCCAUCUCCAUCCAUUCUCCCCAGAGGAGCCUGACCAGGUCGGUGCAGGAGGAUGUGUUUUUCUCAGUGGAUGUUACCUGUAACGGGAUCCCCACCAUACAAUGGACCUUUAUGUCAGGGGCGGUGAGCCGCACCAUAGGGACUUGGCGGCCGGGGGUGUACACCAACAUAACAGUGGAUUACAGCAGCAGAGUGCAGGCCUUCAACAAUGGCUCAAUGGGCCUGUCAGACCUGCGGCUGCAAGACGCUGGAUACUACGUCGUCACUGUCACAGAAACAGCAGGAAGUAGCAAGGACGCUGGAUUUGUCCUAAAAGUGAAUGAGGUGCUGUACGAGGACCUUCAGUACCUGUCUGUCUCUGCCUUAGCACUGGCCUGUUUGGCUGGCCUUCUCAUGCUGGCCAUGUGGCUACUAGACAAGGCCUACAGGAAGAUAGUGGCAUGGAGACGCAGGAAACAGAUGCCAGAAAAUGAUGCAACAGAGCUGCAGCCUCUUUGAUGGACAUCAGGCUGCAGGAAAACACAUGAGAGACUGUCUGUCAAACUUGGACUUUUUAAAAGUUAUGUAUGUAUAUAAAAUAACUGCAUUUUUUUAAUCCAACAAGUUACUUACAGCCAGAUGGCUUGAAAAAAGAAAAACUGUGUACCAAGAUGUUUACAUUUGUAUUGAAUACACAUGCAUUUACAGCUCACUGCUGUGGACACUGGAUUGAAUGUAAAUAUAUCAUCCAUGGCACUGAAAAAACAAUACAUACUGUAUUUAUUGUCUGAGCAAA